CCGUCUGCCGCGGAAGAGUCAGGCGACCCUUUCCCACAGUGCCGGCCACUCCAUAGCCGGCCGGUGCACUAAAGCCGUCCACCUCCAAUCCCGUCCUACGGAAUCCAUUAUUUUCCCCUCGCAGCUCGACAGCAUAUAUAUACCAGCUCAUCCCAGCCCAUAAGCGGAGCUCCAAUAGAUAUCUAGACGCUAUAGCAGUACCGCAGAUCGUAGCCAGCAGCCAUGUCCGACGACGCCUCUGAGAUCGAAGCCGUCUCCAGAAACGCUGGAAAGCAAACCGUCGACCCCGUCAAGUCUUUCCUUUCCGGUGGAUUUGGUGGCAUCUCCUGUGUCUUGGUCGGCCAUCCCUUUGACUUGACAAAGACGCGUCUCCAAACAGCACCUCCUGGCGUCUACACAGGUGCCAUUGAUGUCGUGAAGAAGACCGUCAAGGCGGAUGGCUUUCGAGGAAUGUACCGAGGAGUAACCCCUCCCAUAUUAGGCGUCACCCCCAUCUUCGCCAUCUCUUUCUGGGGUUACGACCUCGGCAAGAGAUUGGUGUACUCUUUCAGCCCCGACAGAACCGAGCAAGCACUCUCCAUAUCUGAACUUGCCUUUGCCGGUGCUUUCAGCGCUCUCCCAGCCACCCUCGUCGCCGCCCCCGCCGAGCGAGUCAAAGUUCUCCUCCAAGUACAAGGCCAAAGUGGAGCCCAGGCUUACAAUGGUGUUUUUGACGUCGUCACCAAACUUUACGCCGAGGGUGGUAUCCGUUCCCUCUUCCGAGGGACAUUCGCUACCCUUGCCCGCGACGGUCCGGGGAGCGCUGCCUACUUUGCCACGUACGAGUCCCUCAAAAAGAUCUUGUCCGCCGCCCCCGACACCUUGCCCGAUGGGACCAAGGCCCCGGCACCGCCUUUGAGUGUACCGGCAAUCAUGACCGCAGGUGCAGGUGCGGGUAUCGCCAUGUGGUCUCUGGGUAUCCCUCCCGAUACCAUCAAAUCUCGUCUCCAGAGUGCGCCACAGGGGACAUAUACCGGCUUCAUGGACUGUGCCCGAAAGCUUAUCGCUCAAGAUGGUGUGACCGCUCUCUGGAAGGGUUUCGGACCCGCCAUGGCAAGAGCUGUUCCCGCAAACGCUGCAACGUUCUUGGGCGUAGAGUUAAGUUUGAAGAUGAUGGACAAGUUGUGGUGAACGAAAAGAGCGCGAGUCGUUGGGCUAGGCCGAUCAUGCACACCAUGUAAGAAUAAAAGUUGCAGUUUACGAUUUCACAUCCAGCAUCCAUCCUCUGGCUCAUCUCCAUCAUCCACCCAGCCCGCACAAACCAGCAGCGAGCUUUGAUCAAGAAUCAACUAUUCCUCAAACACCCGCGUUACGUUUUACAGUUUCAAAUUUCGAGUUACAUGCCUAUACACACAGUUUACUACCCAGUAUAGAGGAGAGACAGGAAUGUGGUGGAUGAAUGCCAAAUCCAUCAAAAGUUGGCGAUGACUCCAAGCGGAUAAAACCCAGUUCGGGAGCUGUACGUUCCCAAUAAAGAGCGACAUUGAAUUGACUGGAUAAACAGAUUGUAUCUAGAAGAGAAAGUUCGUAAAUCGUAAAGAAC